GAGGUCCUGGACGUGGAGGCCACCGCGGCGCCUGCCGCCGCUGUGGCGGCGCGCGGUGCGGUGGGUGAUGCUGCCGCGGACGGGAUGGCCGACCUCGGCGACGACGCCUGGGCCGACGACGCUCGCCCCUGCGGUGCCCUCGGCGGCGCCCUCGGCGCCUCCCGCGGCGGCGGCGCCCUCGGGGGCCCUUUUUCGGAGCGCUCGGAGGCCCAUGUGAAGGAGGCCCGCGAGGCCUAUGCGGGGCUCGCGGGCCUCGCGCCUCGCCUCUUCCGGGAGGCCGUGGCGCACUCGCCGCCCCCCCGACCCGCGUCUGCUGCUGGAGGCCGUGGCCGACCUCGCGCGCCGCGCGGCGCGGGAGCGGGUCGCCGAGCGCUCCCGGGUGCAACCGCGGGGCUGCACGGGGUGGCGGCCGCCCUGGAAGCGGGGGCCGCCAUGGGCUGGCGCCGCGUGCUGGCGGUCGAAGCGGCGCUCCUCGCGCUGCCCGUCGGCCUCCACAUGGACCUCUACGGAG